CACUAUUCACAGCACAAGCUGUAACGUCGUCCGGGCGCAUCGAACUCGGUGUCGCUGUUUCGUGUGUUUACAUGGUCGUCGUGCGCAAACAACGGUUUAUGAAAAAUUAGUUUCUAAAAACAGUAUUUUAUGUUCGUUUUGAUUUGUGUAUGGUGUGCAUAACAGAAUCAAUAGGAUACCUUAGUAAACUAGCUAUUAUGUGCUCAAAAAAAUGAUACUUCAGCAUCAGUUAUAAGCACAGUUAAUUAUGGACAGCGUACGAGCUUUAGAGGUAAUGGGGCUGCUUCAAGAGAAGAUAGCAUUCCUCACCGGAGGCCGAGAUAAACGAGGCGCACCCAUUGUGACCUUCCCUUCAACGCCGAGGAGGGAAAGAGCUAAGCAGGAAGAUUACAGACGCUUGUUACAGUACUUCGGUUCAAUACCACCAUGUGAAGUUAAAGAAUCUGGAUUAGUGGCGGUAAUUGACAUGCGUGGAGGAUCGGGUUGGUCGUCCGUCAAACUAAUCUUAAAAGCCCUCCAAGAUUGGUGUGCUGGAGGCAAUGGAAACCACGUGUAUGCUGUGUAUGUUGUAAAACCCGAUAACUUUUGGCACAAACAACGAACCAGCAUGGCUAGUCAUAAAUACAAAUUUGAAACAACGAUGUUAAAUUUAGAAGGACUGUCUAAGUUUAUAGAUUCGACGCAAUUAACGUCGGACCUCGAUGGAUCUCUACAUUACGAUCAUCCUCAGUGGAUUGAUAUUCGACUAAGCAUCGAAGAAUUUAUGUGGCAAGCGGCUGACUUAUUAGAUCGUUUGGACGAUCUACAAGAAGACUUAAGUCGCAAUGAUUGUAGAGACGAUAUUGCUGGUGCCAAACUUGCCUUAGACUUUCAUACCGAUAUGAAAAAGAAAGUACUUAAAACUCCUGUUGAAGAUAUGGAUUUAGCUGGACAACAGCUGUUACAGAGGUUAUCUGGUGAUAAUAAUAGUGGUUAUGACUCUGGGUACUCAGGACGUGAUAGUGAAGCUAGUAAUGGUGUUAGCAAUCCUGACUUACAAGCUGCUGUUCCUCAAAUACUUCAACAGUUAGAUACUAUCAGAACAACUCAUAAACAUGUGUUGCAAUUGUGGCAACACAAAAAACUUAAACUGGAUCAAUGUUUCCAACUAAGACUGUUUGAACAAGAUUGUGAAAAGAUGUUUGACUGGAUUUGUCAUAACCGUGAUGUAUUUUUAAUGAGUUAUGUUGAAAUUGGACAUUCAUAUCAACUUGCAAAAGACAUACAGGAAGAACAUAACCAUUUUACCAUGAGUUCAAUGAAUGUCUAUGUCAAUAUAAACCGUAUUGUUGCUGUUGCACAUCGUAUGAUAGAAUCUGGCCAUUAUGCGUCUAAUCAUAUACGGACUGUUGCCCAGCGAUUAGAUAGGACAUGGAAGCAGUUUGCUGCUGGAUUAGAUGAAAGAACAUCUGUUUUAGCAUUAUCUGUGCUAUUCCAUCAUAAAGCCCAACAGUAUGUUGAAAAUGUACCAAGCUGGGAUGAAGCCAUUGAUAAAGUUACCAUACCUAAUGAAAUAAUAGUAUUGGAAAAUUCUAUUCAUCAGCAUCAAAAUUUGUAUGAACUCAUGUGCCAAGCAUAUACAGAGGUGUAUAAUGCGUAUCAGAGCCUAUUAAAUGGGUUGGAUACUUUAGUACAAGUCUGUGAAAGUUAUCCCACUCCUCCAAGCAACGUGCCAUUUAUACCUUACAAUGAUUCCUUACAAAAAAAUUUGGAUAUUGCUGAGUCAGAUUCUUCUACUAAUACAAAGAAAUCAACAAAUCAUCAACAAGCUGCUGCCGAUUAUUCUGAAGGCGCAAGUCAUGUUUUAGCUGUAAUUCAUCAAAUUUUAAAUCACCACCGAAGUUUAGAACAUUGUUGGCAUUCUAAAAAAAUUAGACUUCAUCAAAAAUUAGCUCUUAGACUUUUUCAAGAAGAUGUCAAACAGGUGUUAGAUUGGUUAUCUAAUCAUGGAGAAGUGUUUUUAAGGAAAAAUACAGGAAUCGGUCGAACUUUACAAAAAGCAAGGGUUUACCAGAAAAGUCAUGAACAUUUUGAAAACGUUGCACAAAACACAUAUACAAACGCUGAAAAACUGUUGACGGCUGCUGAAGAACUGUCACAGACCGGAGAAUGCGACGCGACUGAUAUUUGUUCGGUUGCCGCUGAACUCGAAAGUCAUGUUGCUGCUUUCGCCGCUCGGGUCCAAGCCAGACGUCGACGUUUACAGAGGGCUGUAAAUUUCUAUACCCAUCAAUCUGAGCUACAAGGUUGGCUCGACGAGCUUAGGGCUGAAACCGAUGGGUGUGACGAAGCUGCUGAUACUCUAGAAGGCACCGAACGAGCAUUGGAACAAGUCAGCCAUCAACGAGACUCCUGUUUAGAUGCGUGUCACUCGACAAUAAGUGAAGGAGAGGCACUUUUGCAAGAAUUAAGAAGUGGAGGUCUUACGGCAGAAAUGGACCCCACCGGAUCUGUAGCUGCAGUGGAUGCUGCACUUGAAAGGUUGAACAAGCAACGUUUAGAAUUGGAACAGCUGUGGGCAACUAGAAAAUUAAAAUUAGACUUGUGCUUAAGGUUGCGGAUUUUCGAACGAGAUGCACUUGAAGUAUCAUCACAAUUGGAAUUGUGGGCUAAUGAGUUGGAACGAAACCAGAACGAGGUAAUCUCAACAUUAUCUGAAGCUGAGUCACGAUUAUCUCGUCAUAAUGAAUCUGUUACCCAAAUGCAAUCAGCGGUUUAUCAAGCCUUGGAGCAGGGUGAACAAUUGGCUCAAGUUUUGGAUAAGUCUGGGGUUGGUGUAAUGGCGGACAGCCAGUAUACAGCUCAAACCAGAGUUCAAGUGCUUCUUGAGUUUUUGCACGAACGUCACAUGGAUUUGGUAGAAUUAUCUGAAAUUAAGCGUAACCGUUUAGAUCAAGCCGUUCAACUCUGUCAGUUUAAUAAUGAUGCCUCACAAGUUAUAAGUUGGAUCAGAAAUGGAGAAUCAAUGUUAUCUGCCAAUUUUACUAUUCCUAAUUGCCUAGGAGACGCUGAACUCCUUAAAAAAGAACAUGAACAAUUUCAAGUUGCUAUUGAAAAAACUCAUUCAGCGGCUGUGCAAGUAAAACAACUUGCUGAAAAUCUAGUGUCAUCUAAUCAUUGUGAUUCAGCUACAGUCAAAGAGUUGGCUGUUGAAGUAACUAAACGCUGGCAACAGCUAGUUACAUGUGCUGAAGAAAGACACAAAUUAGUUACUGCAAGUCUUAACUUUUAUAAAACUGCUGAACAGGUUUGUUCAGUAAUGGACAGUCUUGAUAGAGAAUACCGCCGUGAAGAAGAUUGGUGUGGAGGUGGUACAUUAGAAGCUGAAAAACUUGCUCAACUUUGUACUAAACAUCAAGAACAAAAAGAAGCAUUUCUAAAAGCUUGUACAUUAGCUCGACGUACUGCAGAAACAUUUUUAAAAUACACAAACCGAAGUUUACAAUACUAUAGCUGUGCCAACCAAUCCAUUGCAUCUAUGGAUAAAGCUUCAGAAGCUCGGGUUAAAAAUAUUUUAGAAAAGCUUUCUGGCCAAGAGAACAAAGUACUAGACCAUUGGUCACAAAGAAAAAAAAGACUGGAUCAUUGUCAACAAUUUGUAUUGUUUGAUAAAUCAGCUAAGCAAGCAAUGGAAUGGAUACAUAAUGCUGGUGAACAGUAUUUAAAUACUCAUACUACUGUUGGCGCUACACAGGAUGAAACACGCCAACUUCUUUGUGAACACAACGAAUUUAAAACUUCAGCUAAAGAAACCCGAGAAAAAGUAAAACUACUUAUACAACUAGCUGAUAAUCUAGUAGAAAAAGGACAUGCUCAUGCUAGUGCCAUAAAGCAAUGGGUUGCUGCUGUAGAUAAUACCUAUAAACAUUUUAGUUCCAGAAUGGACAAAUAUAGAUUGGAUCUAGAAAAAAGUUUAGGUAUACAAGAACAUGCAGAUGCUCGAGAUUUAUCUAUUGAUAGAAAUUCUGAUCCAAAUUUGGAACAAAAAAUAAAUGAAACAACGACAAAAGAUUUAAAAGAGCUAAAUGAAGAGAAAAGACGAUCAGCUAGACGUAAAGAAUUUAUUAUGGCAGAACUACUUCAAACAGAACGUGCUUAUGUUAAAGACUUAGAUGUAUGUAUAAAGGCAUAUUUGGAUGAGAUUCGUGCUCUUCAAAAUGUACCCAUUGGUUUGCAUGGGCGAGUUGAUGUUUUGUUCGGAAAUAUUGAAGACAUACGAAACUUUCAUCGAGAUAUAUUCCUUAAAGAAUUAGAAAAAUAUGAAACAAUGCCAGAAGAUGUUGGUCAUUGUUUUGUGACUUGGGCUCAGAAAUUUGAUAUGUAUGUAAAAUAUUGCAAAAAUAAACCAGAAUCUAAUGCCAUACUAGUACAGCAUUCUGGUUCUUGUGGUGGUGUUUUUGAAGAACUACAAAAAAAACACAACAUUGAUCAUCCAAUUGCUGCUUAUUUAAUUAAACCAGUACAAAGAAUUACAAAGUAUCAACUAUUAUUAAAAGAUCUCCAAUCAUGUUGUAAAGAAGGACAAGGAGAAAUUAAAGAUGGUCUAGAUGUCAUGUUAAGCGUACCUAGGAAAGCUAAUGAUGCUCUGCAUUUGUCGUUAUUAGAAGGAUGUGAUAUUUCGACUGAUGAAUUGGGUGAUGUAGUUGUUCAAGACACAUUAUAUGUUUCUGAUUCAAGACAUCAUCUUUUACGAAAGAGUCGUGAACGCCAUUGUUUCUUAUUUGAAUUAUAUUUAGUAUUUGCAAAACAUGUAAAAGAUAAUUCUAACAAUCCUAAAGUGAAGUAUUUGUACAAAAAUAAACUAAUGACUUCUGAACUUGGUGUUACUGAGCAUAUUGAAGGAGAUGAAUGUAAAUUUGCUGUGUGGACUGGACGGGCACCAAUAUCAGAUUAUCGUAUUGUCUUGAAAGCAUCUACUUUAGAGGCCAAACAAACGUGGGUUAAAAAAUUAAGAGAAGUGAUUCAAGAAACAUACUUUAAUUCUGCAUUACGGAUGUGUAUGCCUAAGAGUCCGGCAAAACUAAAACCUGAUAGCCAAAGAUCUAGCCGAGAUUUAGAAGAAGAAAAUUUGGAUCGUGGAUCGUUGGCCUCAUUUGGUUCUGGAAACACUACAGAUUCCGACAAAAACUCUGGCGUGGAAAUGACAUGGGUCAUAGCGGAUUAUUCCGCCACGGCAGCCGGUCAGGUGUCCGUGACCAAAGGCUCGCAGGUGGAGGUGCUCGACGGCGGAGCCAACGAAAUGGUCAUGGUGCGCGUGCCGUCGGACUGUACCGAAGGACUAGUGCCGCAGUACGUGCUCAAGCAACCGCCAUCACUGAAAUCGCCACUGGGCAACGAAGCUAUUGGAGAAUGCGAAAAUACCAUUUGUAAUAAUUCACCUGUGACGAAGAGAAGAGGUUUCAGUGGGAGAAUGUGGAUCCCUACGCCUUUAAGAAAAUUCAGUACAGGCAACAAAGUGGACAAGAACCACGUUCAAUCGUCUUCAACCAACAAAAAGAGUUCGGACAAGAAAUAUAAGUCGCCAGUAACAGAAGUGACAAAAUCAUUGCCUGUUGAGGACGAACAAAAUGGCGACGAACCAGAUGACGAUUUAGAACUACCUCCACCCAUGAAACCCAUUUCUGAGUCCAUACUCGUUAAUGCUGACACAGUCAGCGUAGCCUCCCAAAGAACGUCGGGGCUAUCGGCAGAAGUAUCGACUUCGUCUACGGCUGAUUUGGCUGAAAUCGAGCAAAUCGUCAAAGAGAGAAUGGAACAACAUAAUGACAAGACAAUGGGUGAAUCGAGGUUAAAAAAUGAAAACGAGUAUGAUGAAGCAUUGCACAAACGAGAAUAUGUGAUGAGAGAGCUUGUUGAGACUGAAAGGGAUUAUGUCCGUGAUUUAUCCCUUGUUGUUGAAGGCUACAUGGCUGUGAUGAGAGAUCCCGCGGCUGCUGGCUGCGAUAUACCAGUUCCCGAAGAUUUAAAGUCUGGAAAGGAUAAAAUGAUCUUUGGAAAUAUAGAACUAAUUUAUGAAUGGCAUAGAGAUGUCUUUUUGGCGGCAGUUGAAAGAUGUCUCGCACAACCUCAUGAACUUGGAAAGCUAUUCAAAAAAUAUGAGCGCAAGUUGUUAAUGUAUGUUGUUUAUUGCCAGAAUAAACCAGUUUCUGAGUACCUCGUAUCAGAAUAUGAUUACUACUUCGAGGAAAUAAGACAGUUCCUAGGUCACAAAUUACAACUUUGUGACAUUUUAAUAAAACCUGUACAGAGAAUUAUGAAAUAUCAAUUGCUUUUACGAGAUAUGUUUAAGUAUACUGAACGAGCUAGGCUCGCAGAAGAAAUGGAAGCUCUACAACAAGCUAUGCAUGUCAUGAAAGUGGUACCUAAAGCAGCUAAUGAUAUGAUGGAUGUUGGAAGGUUACAAGGAUUUGAUGGAAAAAUAACAGCCCAAGGUAAACUUUUACUUCAUGGACUAUUAACUUGCACUGAAGGUCCAAGUUCCAAUAGCAGUAGGUCUGUCGCUAAAGACCUUCAUGUAUUCUUAUUUGAACAAAGCAUAAUUUUUAGUGAAGAAGUAGGCAAGAAAACUCAAUUCACCAGUCCAGUUUAUGUUUAUAAGGCACAUAUACAGGUGAACAAAAUGAACCUGGAAGAAAGACAUGGGUCAUCUAGCAGUAAUUCUUCAGAUGAAUCAUCCGAAGGUGCAUUUGUCAUUAAAUCUACAGACCCAAGAAAACCACCUUUAUGGUAUAUUUGCCAUGCACAUAACUUGGAGUCACGAUCAGAGUGGCUACAAAACUUACGGCAAAUAUUACAAACUCAACGAGAUUUCCUAAAAGCUAUACAAUCACCAAUUGCAUACCAAAAAGAAUUGACAAAGGAGACCAGUUAGUGUAUUCUGUCAAAUGAAUGACAUAAUUUUUUAAGUCUGACUAUACUUACAUGCAGUUUGAAAAAUAUCAUGACAACAUUCCUAUUAUUAUUAAUGUUUGACUUAAUCUAUGUUGUAUAAACAUCAUAUAGUAUAUUAUCAGAAUUGUUUUCCUUUUUACGAUAAUAACAUUCAAUUACUGCAAAUAAUUAAUUUUAGAGAUUAUGAACAAAAACCUCUUAGAAAUUUCUUACUUAUUUAUUUUUUAUUUUUAGAUAAUGUUUCUUUUUGAAUUCUCAAAUUAGGUAACAAUUACGUUUGAGCGUAAGAAUCUGAACUCAAAAUAUGAUUAUAAUUAUUUUUUAAAGUGUCUAGUCAAAUUUUUAUUUAGACUAAUUAAUAUUUUAUAAUUUUUUUAUUAUUAUUUAAUAUUUAUAAUCCUGUGCAGUUUUGCGAUUAUUAUUAUAACUAUUGUAUGUAAACUUAUAUUUAUAAAAAUAUAUAAACAUUGUAUUAAAUAUAUUUGUAGAUGAUACUCAGAAUGUUACUUGUCAUCUAUAUUUGUAUGUUAUGCUAGAAAUAGAAUUUUUACAUAUAUAAAUUAUUUAUAACCACAGGUUCAACUUAUAAUAAUAAUGUCCAUAAGAAUUUUAUAGUAUGAAAAUCACUAAAGCAUCAACCAUCUAUACAAUUAAUGUAAACGAUAAAUAUAUUUGAGUGAUUAGAGUACAAUAAGUAUUAAUACCUAAACUCUACAUAAACUAAGGUUGUGUAAUUCAUAUAUAUAUAUGUAUUUUUUUUUACAUUUUAUUUUGCCAAAAUUUGAUGCACAUCUGUUGAUUGUAAGCUAAUAUAAUAUGUGUAUAUAAUAUAUAUAUAUAUAUAUAUAUAUACUUGCAUACAUUUAUAUGUAUUGAAGAACAAUAUAAUAAAAAAUUAAUUGUUGUUUUUUUUUUAA